AUGAGCAAACUCGCCAUGAGAAGACACUCUGACCGAAGGCUGCUGCUCGUUGGUACGGCAGUGGCUUGUGCCUUCUGGCGCUCGUGCCAUGGAUUUUCGGCCAGCUUCGUUCCAGGUGAAGCUCCUCGUCGAGCUCUGUUGAUGGCUGUACCAAUCCUGGGCGCUCCUGGUGUGGCGUCUGCCCUUCCGGCCGGAAUUACUGACACUGUCGAAUACAUGAACAGGCGCAAGAGGGAACUCAUUCCGUACAUGAAGCAGGGUAUCGACUACUUGGAAGGGCACGACAUUGACGAGAGGAUGAUGAAGUUUCUUCCGAAGAUGUGCAAAAAGAUGGAAGCCUAUGCGGUGCUCGCUGGCAAGUGUUUCUGCUGA